AUUACUUACCCCAUUUUCUGAAAUGAAGCGCGUCGUUUCCAUGUUUGCCUGCCUCAUUAUUGGAUGGUCUGGAGUCGGAUGAAAUCAUUCUACCUCGACCUUUUGAACACAGUCUGAUCCGAUCAAAGAUCAUGGCAUUGCCUAUACUUGCUGGAGCUGUUGGAACAACAGCCCUCGCCGCCUACCUCAAUGCGAAAUUCCAUAUUGCUUCCGACAUCAGCAACGCUCGCGGUGGUGGUGUCGCACCUACGCAAGAUGCUCUCAACUUCCUCACUGACCGAGUCAUGAAAAAGCGCGUCCUCACGUACCACGUCUUCGAAGACCACGCCUUGCGUAACCAGCCUAACCACCCGUUUUUGAUAUUCGAGGGCAAGACAUGGACAUAUAAGGAGUUCUUUGACGCCAUAAUCAGAGUUGGCAACUGGCUGAUGAAGGAUCUUGGUGUUCAGAUUGGAGAAGUUGUUGCGAUUGAUGGUGGAAACACCCCAGAGUAUUACAUGCUUUGGUUUGCGCUCGAUGCGAUUGGCGCGGCACCAUCGUUUGUUAAUUGUAAUCUCACAGGAGCCGGACUAAUUCACUGCGCAAAAUUAUGCGAAUCCAGGUAUAUGAUUACCGAUGUUGAUGUGAAAAGUAACGUCGAACCUUGCCGAGCAGAGUUUGAAGACAUAGGCGUCAAGAUUCACUACUACGACCCAUCGUUCCUGGCAUCAUUGUCCGACAACACGUUUAUUCCCGAAACCCGCCGCGAGGCCAUAAGCAUAGAAUCAAUCCGUGGCCUUAUGUACACAUCGGGCACUACAGGGCUUCCAAAGGGCGUAAUCAUGGGCACCAGUAAAGAGCUUGUCCUUGGUUACAGUAUUGCGAAAUACCUGAAUCUUAAGCCGGAAGACAAGAUGUAUACAUGCAUGCCCCUCUACCAUGGCGCAGCCCAUGGCCUUUGUACAACACCAAGUAUCCACGCUGGUAGUACUAUCGUUUUGGGUAGGAGGUUUUCCCAUAAAAGCUUCUGGCCUGAGGUCGCCAAAUCAGGCGCAACCCACAUCCAAUACGUUGGCGAGCUAUGCCGGUACCUGCUCAACGGUCCGCCAAAUCCUUACGAACGCAAGCACAACGUAAAAGUGGCGUGGGGAAACGGUAUGCGACCAGACGUCUGGGAACCAUUCCGUGAACGGUUCAACAUUCCAAUAAUCAACGAGUUAUACGCAGCUACGGAUGGUCUUGGUGCAUCGUUAAAUCGUAAUGCUGGGCCCUUUACGGCGCAUACCAUAGGUUUACGGGGGCUGAUAUGGAACUGGAAGAAUAAGAACCAAGAAGUCAGAGUGAAGAUGGAUGUUGAUACUGAGGAUAUAAUGCGAGACGAGAAUGGCUUCGCAAUCCGAUGCGGUGUCGAUGAGCCAGGCCAGGUGCUGCAUAAAUUAACAUCAGAGAACAUCGCUAGCGCUCCUGUCUACUUCAACAACGAUGGUGCAACCCACAAGAGGAGGCUCACUGAUGUCUUUGAGAAGGGUGAUAUGUGGUUCCUAUCUGGGGAUAUGAUGCGACAAGACUCGGAAGGACGCGUAUUCUUCGUUGAUCGCCUUGGUGAUACGUUUCGUUGGAAAUCGGAGAAUGUCUCUACCAAUGAGGUUGCCGACAUGAUGGGCAAAUUUCCCCAAAUAGCCGAGACAAAUGUCUACGGCGUACAGGUUCCUGGGCAUGACGGUCGGGCAGGCGCUGCAUCUAUCGUCAUGGCGGACGGCGUGACUGAGUCUACGUUUGACUUCCGUGAGCUGGCUACGCACGCGAGGGGUGUACUACCGGGCUACGCUGUGCCGCUGUUUUUGAGGGUGACGCCUGCGUUGGAAUAUACCGGAACACUAAAGAUCCAGAAAGGCAGGCUAAAAACAGAAGGAGUUGAUCCAGACAAGAUCACUGGGCAGGACACGAUGUAUUGGCUGCCGCCGAGUAGUGACAAAUAUCUGCCAUUUGGGAGAAAAGACUGGGAGGGGAUCAAGGACAAGAGUGUGAGGCUGACAUGAGGAUUGGCUAGAAAGACGGUAAGGAACCACAGGAUUAGUACCAUAUCUUCACACACUAUAUAACAUGUGUCAUGCUACUCGAGGUGCGAAGGAUGUUUAUAUACUAGCUCGUUCACACG